AUCCUUUACUGACAGGUGGUCUUUGUUGUGAUUGGCUGAAUGUGGUAGAAAUGGCUGUUGCGUUGUUGAUCGGUUUUUGUCAGAUUGUUUACAACACUCGUUCCUCUGCGACAGGUCUUGUAUUUGGAAAUAAGGGCUACACUGAAUAUGAAAUUCCUGUGAGAAUGGAUUGAGGCAGUGGACCAAGGUGUGGGGGUGAGCUCUGGUCUGGUGCUGGUGAUGGCUCGGAUGACCCAGGUCUCUGGAGGGCUUCUUCCUCCACUGUCCUCUCUGGUGGGACAGAAGAGGGUUUCUCCUGCAGAGCCGGGGAGUAAAGAAACUGACAGCUGUCAAGACCUCCACCCCAUAAAGCCAGAAGACGGGUCAGUAAGUGAUGUCACUUAUGCACAAGUGCCAGAAGACGCUCAGAUUUCGGCUUCUGUUGAAGGAAAUAAACUGCAGAAGAGAACAACUAGUCGUAGACCAGAACCUGUUUGUGAUGAGUUUAUUCCAAAGGAUAAAUCAGAUGGUAUUGGUGUUCAGAUUUCUUUCACAAAGUCGCUGCAGAAGGCUGAGGCUCUCUUAAGGAAUCGACUGAACCCCGGGUUGAAGUGGCUCCUGAAACAGAAGUCAGAUGGCAGUGGCUCUGAUGUGGAAAAUGAGGAUUCGUUCAUUUCCUGUGAGGGCUACACCUCAUGUUCCUCAAGAAGGUUUCUGAAGAUGGAAAAUUGUGUACUUGGACUUGGCAGGCAGUGUCAUGUGCUUCGAAAUGAGAGGACUGGCUGUCCGCAGAGUUAUGUGAAGGAGUUGUCAUCUGAUUGCGAGUUUUACUAUCAUCCAGCCUGCAUUGCCUUGAAUAAGCAUUAUGGGAAGCUGCAACAUUUGCUAGAGGAAAGAUCGCAGCUCUUGCUCUUUCAUGAGUACACUAGGCGCUUAAAAGCUGCCUCUGCUUUCAUUGCAAAUCUUUCAGGAUUACUUGACAGGGAACGCCUUCGGUUAAAUGCAUCAAGACAAGAUUUGGAAAGUGCGAGUUCAUUCUCGGAAUACAGGAUUAGCACUCUUUGUGAAGAGUUAAGAAUUCAUGUCUAUCACUGGAGCUGUCUUCGCGAUAAAGCAAGAAAUGACAACUGGCUGAGGCCUGUCCUUUUUCAAAAGCCAGAAAUCCUUGAAAGCAUGAAACGAACUUUAAAUCUUGUGGCCUUGCAAGCUCUGGUGCUUAUGGAACAAUACAUUUGCACAGUUUUUCAUGUUUUGGCAUUAGCUGACUCUCCUGAUGUGUCUACAGAUUCCCUGGAAGAUGUAUUGAAUGGAACUGAAAUUUUUAAUUCACUGCUCUCUGACACGGUUGUGGAGCAACCAUCUUAUGUGCUGCAUAAGUAUUGCCAGCAAGACCAUGACUGGUUUAUUUCAAACCUGUUGAAAUCCAUAUAUUCUAAACGCUGUGACAAAGGGGACUCUUUGACGCCUUUCUCAAUUGUACGACUUCUGAAGAUUGUAUCAAAAUGCAGAGGACAAGUGGCAGCUAAUAAGUUGUAUCAUUGGGUCACUAAUCAAGAUGCUUUACUUUCCAGUGCAGAACAAAAUAGUUUAAGGUCCCAGAAAUGGGAGAAUAUAAAAGUGGCUUGUCUACAAAACCAAUUGCGUUCUGUUACCAAGACAGCCAAAACUGGCAUUUCACGAGCAAAGGUUGGUGAAAGCCAGUUCAGGUCAUGCCUCAGCACUCAGACUCAUCCCUUAGCAGUAUUUUUAAAAUGGGACAAAGACUUUAUGGAUAAGUUUUGUUUGGCUUUGGUAUCUUCUACUGAAAUGAUAGGGCAACAUGUUCUAAAUAGGCCCACUCCAGACAAGCCACGGAUAGAGUCACCUGGAAAGAACUGCACAGAAACUAUGGAUGAUGAGGCAGAAGGUGACCCAAAUCUCUGCAAAACUGAAGAGAAGACCAAUGCUAGAAGACUAAUACGGCACAAGUCAGUUCAGUGGCAGGACACUACUGUUUCAGAGGCAACAAGCAUACUGUUUUCCCAGUACAGAACCUUGCUGUGGGAAGAGUUUGGCAGUGCUCUUUUCAACAUUUUGUAUCACCCCAGCUGUAAUGGUAUUUUUGGAAGUCUCAAUCAGUGCAAAGAACAAAUGGUUUUUCUUGCUGUGAAAGAGCUGCAUGGUGGAUGCAGAAAAGCACUGAUACCUGGAGAGUGUGAAGGAGUGAUAAAUGACCUUUGUAUGCAAGUGAUUUCAAAGGCAGCCUUUGUGCAUUGGGACCAAGUGAUGUGCAAGGCUCUUGGUUCAGGACAGAAAGACAAAUGCCUUCCUGACCCAAACAAUGAGGGGUCCAUUGUCCGAACCACCACCACCACAUGGCUCCUUCAGCAGCUGUUUCAUCCCCUGCACACUGUGCUCGGCUCUCUGAAGGAUGGCGGAAACUGGCAGAAAGGUGCUACUUCCAAAACAGAACAUUUGUCGGCUCAGGAAUUGCUUCAGCUGACUCUUCUGAGUUGCACUGUUGCCACUGUACAUUCUUCCUCUUACUGGGCGAUGACCAAGGCCUACCAGUUUCUGUCAUCCUGGUCUCUGAAUCAGUUCCUUUUGGUGACACAAGGAGAUCUGAAGGUGUUGAAGGCUGAAAUAGAAAAAAUUGUGCCACUGGUUGAAGCCUUAAACCUGGACAACAAAUGCACUCCAGGACUUACUGGUAAAUUACUGCUACAGCAAGAAAAAACACUGCUUGCCCAGCUCACAGAAGGAGCAGCAAAUAUUCAGGCCUUUUCAGAGAAUGUGCUGAAGAUCUUUUCAACAGACUGUAAAAAGAUGGCAGUGGAGAUAUUUAAACAGACCAUGCCUGGGGGAAAACACUGGAGAGUGAACUGCAGAGCAGAGCUGCCAGGCAGCCCCAGUGAGUACGCUGCCUCCGCUGCUCACAGCGUGCUUGGUCAGGUGCUGGAGGGAGUUCAGCCGCUGCCCGACGAAGCCAGAGCUCUCGCUCUGACGGAGGCCACGACGGCCUUCAUGGAAGCCUGGAUGGAGCACAUCCUGAAACAAAAAAUCAAAUUCAGCGUUCAGGGUGCCCUACAGCUGAAGCAGGACUUUGACACGAUCAGGGAGCUGCUCAAGUCGGAGGAGUAUAGCUUGUCUGAGGAGAUCCGGCAGCGGCUGCUGUCCCUGGGGGUGUUCCAUCAGGUUGACAAUGCCAUCAUCUGUCUCCUGCAGCAGCCGGCCAGCAAGGCCUAUGUGCCAUCGCGCACCUGGGAGCCCUUCAGGAGAUGCUGCUCCAAUCCCAGCCGGACACGGGAUUUCAAUACAGGGAGCUUGAACAGUUUAGAAAGCAUGGACGUCCAAGUGGCCAGAAACAAUGCCAUCGUACAGGCAGAAAGCUCUCUGGCCCCUGAACUGCUUGGAAAAAUCAAAAGCAACGCGAUCCAGGAAUCAUAUCUGGCAGGAAAGCAGCAGGAUUGGCUGGCACUUCGCAUACAUAACGGCAGCAGAUGGAAAAUACCUGGCUUACUUUGCAUGAACAAAUCUAAUCAUUGACUGUGAAUAAUGCUUAAUAAAUGAAAACGGGAGGUCA